AGAUGGGUAACACAACCACAGCUAGGCCAAAUUCCUGAACUGGCUCUAGUCUGCAAUAAUUAGGAAACUCCCUUUGGUUCAGACCGUCUUAACCGAAGGCCAGUGUAAAUGUGCCAUCAGCAUGUGAAUUUUUUAUUAUACAAGCAGAAGAUAGACAAGAAGGCCCCAACAUGCUAGAGCCCUCCUGUGGGUAAGGGAGCAGGAACCUAUAACUCUGAGAGUUGCCGGGAGUCCAAAGACCUGGGUGAGCCAGCCCCCACCCCUGCCCCGCUGUGGGGAAGGCCCCGCAUCCUACCUGGCUGGGGUGCUGCCAGGGCAGCUGGAGGGCCAGGUCUGGCGGGACCAACGCGGAAGGUUCCUAGCACCCGCACCUCCUGGGCACCCCGCUAGCAGCAGGACCCCGGGCUGGCGUACUUCGCCUCUUCCAGGCCCAGUCUCAGACCAGAUACUCGGAGCCUUCACUCUGAUCCCUCAACAGGGAAAAGAAAUUUCCGGUCUGCCCUCCCCCGGAGGGGAUGGCAGUAUUCAGCCCAAACCCCAAUGUGGACCCCCCCGACCUGUGAGCCAGUUCUUCAAAUUUGUCACCUCAGGAGUUGGGGGACUUUCCUGAGUCAGAUACAUCACCAGACAACAAGGGCAGUGCAGAGCCUGUGCUACCCAGCAGAACAUGCGUGAAGAGUUACUGCAUGACAUGCCGUUGAGCCUAGCUGUGACCCCUCAGCACCCCCCUCAGUUCUUGUGGAGCCCCAACUUGGGCAUCUCUGCUGCCUGCUCAAACUCAGAACCCACUGAAAACCUGCUGAGGAGGCUGUUGGAGGCCGAGGAAGGCAAGAAUUCGGAAGCUCCAGAGAGACCACCGGAUUGACCCCCUCAGCUCAGCUCACCCGACCAUGCGGACUUUGCCCCUCCAGAUCAGGCGUGGAGUUUUAAAAUAAAAUGGAUGAUCUGAUGUUACUUGAUCUUCUGGAGUGCCCCGUGUGCUUUGAAAAGCUCGAUGUCACGGCCAAAGUCCUCCCUUGCCAGCACACCUUCUGCAAACCAUGUCUCCAGAGGAUUUUCAAGGCCCACAAGGAGCUGAGGUGCCCCGAGUGCAGGACCCUGGUGUUUUGCAGCAUCGAGGCACUGCCGGCCAACUUGCUGCUCGUGCGUCUUCUAGACGGCGUGCGCUCGGGGCAGAGCCUGGGAAGAGGGAGCUCCUUCCGCAGGCCUGGCGUGCUGGCCGCGCAGGACAGCAGGAGAAGCAGGACGAAGCCCAGAGGUCUGCAGUCCAGCUCUUUCCGGCUGGUGCCUAAUAUCAGAAUCCACAUGGAUGGGGUGCCAAGAGCAAAGGCCUUAUGCAACUACAGAGGGCAGAAUCCCGGUGACCUGAGGUUUAAUAAGGGAGAUGUCAUCCUGCUCCGGAGACAACUGGAUGAGAACUGGUACCAGGGGGAGGUCAAUGGAGUCAGUGGGAUCUUCCCAGCCAGCUCUGUGGAAGUCAUCAAGCAGCUGCCACAGCCACCCCCGCUCUGCCGGGCCCUCUACAACUUUGACCUACGGGACAAAGACAAGAGUGAGAACCAGGACUGCCUGAGCUUCCUCAAGGACGAUAUCAUCACCGUGAUCAGCCGGGUGGAUGAGAACUGGGCAGAAGGCAAGUUAGGGGAUAAAGUCGGCAUCUUCCCAAUCUUGUUUGUAGAGCCCAACCUCACUGCAAGACACCUCUUAGAGAAGAACAAAGGUCGUCAGUCGGCCCGCACAAAGAGCCUGACCCUGGUGCCCUCAUCUUCCCAAGGCAAAGCAGCCAACACGCCCACCCUCCACAGGGGCCCUGGGUCCAGGAGGAAGGGGCCCGGGCAGUUCUCCAUCACAACAGCCUUGAACACUCUCAACAGGAUGGUCCAUGCUCCCUCGGGGCGCCCCAUGGUGGAGAUCAGCACCCCAGUGCUCAUCAGCUCCAGCAACCCCUCUGUGAUCAGCCAGCACAUGGAGAAAGGAGACAUUCCUCCCAGCUCCGUGGGACAGGUCAGCACUUACCACCCCGUACCUGCCUCCCCAGGACAUUCCACAGCCAUCGUCAGUCUGCCUGGCUCCCAGCAACACCUCUCAGCAAACAUGUUUGUGGCCCUGCACUCCUACUCAGCCCAUGGACCCGAUGAGCUGGACCUACAGAAGGGAGAAGGCAUCAGGGUCCUGGGCAAGUACCCGGACGGCUGGCUCAGGGGUGUCUCCUUGGUCACUGGGCGGGUCGGCAUCUUCCCCAACAACUACGUCAUCCCCAUUUUCAGAAAGACAUCUAGUUUUCCAGAUUCUCGGAGUCCUGGUCUCUACACCACAUGGACGUUAUCCAACUCCUCUGUGUCCUCCCAAGGCAGCUUUUCAGACGGUGAUCCCCGCCAGAACCGUCCCUUCAAGUCCGUCUUUGUGCCCACGGCCAUAGUCAACCCCGUGAGGAACACAGCCAGCCCGGGGACUUUAGGACAGGGCUCUCUUCGGAAAUCUGGGAGGAGCAGCAUGAGAAAGAGUAAGUGGUGGCAGAGAGAUGGAUCCCUGCAGAGGCCCGUCCAGGCAGGGACCCCCGCCCUGGUGGUGGGCUCCCUCAGACGCAGCCCCACCAUGGUGGUGCGGCCUCAGCAGUUCCCGUUCUACCAGCCGCAGGGGGUCCCCCCUGCCUCCUCCACGGUGGUGGUCGAACUGGGACCGCAGCCCACUCCCACCGGGGAGCCUGCCCUCACGUGUGUCAGCAGGGGCGGCGACACCAGGACCCGCUCCGCAGCCGGUUCCCUCAUCAUGGAAGGCAAGGAAAUCCCCAUCAAGAGCGAGCCUCCACCUAAACCACCUGCCUCCGCCCCACCAUCCAUCCUAGUGAAACCAGAAAACUCCAGAAACGGCAGCGAAAAGCAAGUCAAAACCGUGAGAUUUCAGAAUUACAGCCCUCCUCCAGCCAAACAGUACACCGCCCACCCCACGUCAGCAAAGCCUGAACAGCCUGCCACCCCGAAGGGGUCCCAGCCCGAAGCAGCCCCCUCAGGCCCAGAAAUGACCGUCCUAUUCGCCCACCGAAGCGGCUGCCAUUCCGGACAGCAGACAGACCUCCGGAGAAAGUCGACUUUGGGCAAGACCAUCACCCCAGUGUCUACUGCCGCGGCCACACAGACCGUGUUUCCCAGCAAAUGAAUCUACGGGUGGCUUUUCCCAGACCCCAAAGAGGUGAAUUGCGUUUAAAUACAGUCUGCCUCCACUGAU